ACAAAGGAGAGGAAAAAGCACACUUGGCAUUGGACCCAGCAGUGAGAGAAGAUUCCCUGUUUUUGACACGUCACAUGUUCGUAAUGAACCUCCUCGCACCAGUGCUGCUUCUGCUGGCUCUUUCUGGAUGUUCCAGUGAAGUCGUUAAUAGUUUUAUUCAAACAUGCCCUAAAUUCUUUGCUAAUCCAGAAGGAAUUGUGUCUCCUCCAACCAUAUUUGCUGGUUACAAUUACAAACAAAUCUGCCAAAUUCGAGCAAGCGUAUAUGAAUACGCAACCCUGUAUGACACAGCAAACAGGAUCCCCAUCUACUCAGCCUACAAGUUUGAAAGUUUGAGCAAUUGUGAAAGACAAACAGAUUGGUAUAUUGAACCACAGCUUGACAAUGCUUCUGCACGGCGAGAAAUGGCACUUGAGACCAACAAGACUCUCUUACAAAAUCAAGCUGUCAACAAAGACUAUGCAAACAGGAAGACCUUUGGCUUGGAUAUAGGGCAUCUGGCUCCAAUCUUUCGAGGCUUGGCCUGCUCUGACGCUACCUUCACCCUCACCAAUGCCGCUCCACAAAACAGCAUUUUCAAGAAAGGCAAGUGGAAGGCAACAGAGAUAUAUGUAGCUGUUCUUCUGAAACAAAAAUGCUCAAUGUAUGAUUCCUAUGUUGUUACUGGGGUGGUGCCAGGUAGUGUAUGGUUAAAUAACAGAGUGAAUGUGCCCAACUACGUCUGGAUUGGGUAUUGCUGCCUUGCUAACAAUCGUCAAACUAAACUCUCAGGUGGAUUUAUUGGACGUAAUGCAGAUCUGCCAGUGAGCCCUGUGAAUCUGAAGGAACUUGAGAAAUAUCUAAGUCAGUUCUACAUGAAACCAUUCUACGUGUUUGGUGGACGUUGUUAUUUGCCCGGUGAAUAACACAGUUAUAGAUUUACAGUAUAUACAUGGGGAUUUCUUCAUUCUGCCAUGAUGACUAACAAUGAUGGCUGAAAAGCCAGCAAAUAUAACAAUUACGUAAAGAAUGUAGCAAUUUUUUUUAAAAAUCACCUUAUUUAACAUUUUGAAAUUGACAAAUGUGUUUGUGAGUGCCUUGAUUCCUAACUUGGCUUUUGUACUUUAAAUCAGUGAUCUUCUGUCAAAUAAGUGUACUUAGAAAAGUACUUUAACACAUUUGCUAUGAACGUAGGGACAAAAACGUUCAUCUGCUGUUCAUGCUGAGGACCCCUACUUUCAAAUUCUGAAAUAUUUUUGAAAAUUUACAGAUUUUAGCAAGGUUAUGUUCACAAGCAUAACUCAAGAGACUUAAACUUGCAUAUCUUAUUUGUGCAUUGCACUUUUCAUGUGUAAUUCAUUUCCAUUCACUUAGGCCAUCCAGCUGACAUAAGAUCCAGGGAUUAGAUGAUAUGGCUUUUUGAAUGCUUGCCAUUUAUCUUCUACUGAUCUAUAACAACCAGAAACCUUUUCAUAGGCCUUCUGAGCAACCUAAGACAAGUGAUCCCCAACCUAAGACAAGUGAUCUCCAGAUAAACUUCCUUAAAGGACCGCCUGCCUUCAUACAGUUUACUUGCCAGUUGCUAAAAGCACAUAGUCGUUUAUGUUUAUCAAUUCACUUAAAAUCUCCAAAAGAAAGAGUUAAUAGCCUUAAAACAAGUUCCUGUCAUUUUUAGCAGUUUGGGCCAUUUUAAGAGCACUGCUGGAAAAUGAAGUGGUCCUUUGGAAUCAAAUGUUGAAAGCAUCAAGAAACAGAUCGCUGCAUGUGUACAAAAAACAGUUUAUCGUGAAAUCUGCCCCAAGAAUCCCUUUGACUCUGCUCUAAAGUUCUGAUCAACAUCAGUCAGUUAUGCAUUUCUUGCUACUAAGGUUUCAAAAUUAAAAACUUUAUUAACAUGUUGUUAACAUGUUUUUUUCCGACUCUCCUUCCUAAAGUGUUUUUCACUUGUAAAUAUGGUUCUAGGGAAAGCAUUUAACUGAUAUAGAACAUAUACAUCAAAUGUCAGUCGUUUAAACUUUAUAAAGCUCUUCACUUUCAUACACCAUCUCUGCAAUAACUGAACAGCUCUUUAGAGAACUAAACAUUGUGCUUCUAUGAUGCUAUAUAAAACAACUUUACCAGCUUUUUGUUCCUCCAUCCCAACUGUUUUGGAACAUGUUGUUGGCAUCAAAUCAAAA